UGCUGUGUUGAGGCCGAAAACUCAGACACAAGCAGGACGUGGACGAUACCGGAGUACCUCCGUCGGAGGGAUGUCGGAGAGUGUUUCUUUUUUUUUACACUAGCUGAGGUUUAACCGGAGCACCGACCGAGCUCUCCGUGCUCUGCUGACGAGGCCGCCGCGGUUCUGCUUCUCCCCUCCCGACUGUGGGUCGCUGCUUGCCCGCUGGUCACAGUAAUCCAGACCCGCUGCUAUUAAUGAGACCGAGAGGAGACUGACGCUGCUAUGUGGCGACGCAGCCUCAGACCUGUCUGAGAUUUAAGUCUUUAUCCAGCCCGGAGGAAACACAACAGCUACGCUGUUGCUGCCUGCUGCUCGCCGGGGCUAACGGCUGAGACUGUCGGAGCGGUGAAACACCGGUGAAGCUCUAACUACAUGGAACAAGUGAGCGGCGGACCACCGUCUCAUUUUGCGCAAGAACUGGUGAUGACUGACCUACAGACAGCGGCGUCCCUCUGAAGCAGCACCGGGGGAUUUCUCACGGAGGUCUGUCGGAUGAAGGCAGCAGCAGUUUGAAGCCUCCGCAUCAGUGCCAUGAAUCAGCCUGGACAACAGCUGCUACCCACAUAGAGGUCACUUUACCUCUCUUUCCAUUCGUUUCGGUCCAGAGGAUGCUGGGAAUGUGUCGCGGGCGCAGGAAGUUCCUGGCGGCCUCCCUCGCCCUGCUCUUUAUCCCAGCACUCACCUGGCUUUACCUGGCAGUUGGGAGCUUUCAAGUGAAGCCUCUCCCUCUGUCUCCAUUGGAAGCCCAGUCAUCAGCGCCAGUGGGUGGAGCCGGCGAGCGGCAGGCCUUGGAGCUGCGGGUCCGGGCGGUGGAGGAAGAGAACCGAGCGCUGCGGCGGGAGCUCAGCCGCCCACCCAGGAGUCCGUCUGCACGCCUGCCCAGCGGCGGUCACCGUGGCAACCAAAGCCGAACCCAUUCAGAGGAGGGCACCGGCGACAAUGAGGGCCAGAAAGCUGCUGCAGUAGGAAACAGCUCAGACUGCGUGCAGCAGCCGGCGGUGGAUAAGUGCGAGACCAUCCACGUGGCCAUCGUAUGUGCAGGUUACAACGCCAGUCGAGACGUGGUGACGCUGGUUAAAUCUGUCCUGUUCCACAGGCGGAACCCUCUACAUUUCCAUUUCAUCACAGACUCCAUUGCUCAGCAGAUCCUGUCCUCUUUGUUCCAUACCUGGAUGGUUCCUGCAGUCAGGGUCGACUUCUAUGACGCAGAUGAACUGAAGUCUGAGGUGUCAUGGAUCCCCAACAAACAUUACUCUGGAAUCUACGGCCUCAUGAAGCUCGUGCUCACCAAGACGCUGCCGUCUGACCUGCAGAGAGUCAUCGUCCUGGACACGGACAUCACGUUUGCCACUGACAUCGCUGAACUCUGGGCCGUCUUCCACAAGUUCAAAGGUCAGCAGGUGCUGGGUUUGGUGGAGAACCAGAGUGACUGGUACCUGGGGAACCUGUGGAAGAACCAUCGACCUUGGCCGGCUCUGGGAAGAGGCUUCAACACUGGAGUGAUUUUGCUUCUCCUGGAUCGUCUGCGGAAACUGAGAUGGGAGCAGAUGUGGAGGUUGACUGCAGAGAGGGAACUAAUGAGCAUGCUGUCCACCUCCCUGGCAGACCAGGACAUCUUCAACGCUGUGAUCAAACAGAACCCAUUCCUGGUUCACCAGCUGCCCUGCUUCUGGAAUGUCCAGCUGUCCGACCACACCCGCUCUGAGAAGUGCUACAAAGACGUGUCAGACCUCAAGGUGAUCCACUGGAAUUCUCCGAAGAAGCUGCGAGUGAAGAACAAGCACGUGGAGUUUUUUCGGAACCUCUAUCUAACCUUUCUGGAGUACGAUGGUAACCUGCUGCGACGAGAGCUGUUUGGCUGUCCCAGCGAGGCCGACCACAACAGUGAGAACCUCCAGAAGACUCUGUCAGAGCUGGACGAAGAUGAUCCGUGCUACGAGUUUCGCCGAGAGCGAUUCACCGUCCAUCGAACACACCUCUACUUCCUGCACUACGAGUAUGAACCCAGCUCUGACAACACGGACGUCACUCUAGUCGCCCAGCUCUCUAUGGACAGGCUCCAGAUGUUGGAGGCCAUCUGUAAGCACUGGGAAGGCCCCAUCAGCCUGGCCCUGUACCUGUCAGAUGCCGAGGCGCAGCAGUUCCUGCGCUACGCUCAGGGCUCUGAGGUGCUGAUGAGCCGCGGAAAUGUGGGUUACCACAUCGUCUACAAGGAGGGACAGUUCUACCCAGUCAACCUGCUGCGAAAUGUGGCCAUGCGGCAGGUCAACACACCUUACAUGUUCCUGUCAGACAUUGACUUCCUGCCCAUGUACGGCCUCUAUGAGUACCUCAGGAAGUCAGUGGUGCAGCUGGACAUGGCCAACACCAAGAAAGCUCUGGUGGUUCCAGCUUUUGAGACACUGCGGUAUCGCCUGUCCUACCCGAAGUCCAAGGCCGAGCUGCUCUCUCAGCUUGACAUGGGCACGCUCUUCACCUUCAGGUACCAUGUGUGGACUAAAGGCCACGCACCAACUAACUUUGCCAAAUGGCGGACAGCCACCACGCCCUACAGGGUGCAGUGGGAGGCUGACUUUGAGCCCUACGUCAUGGUGAGGAGGGACAGUCCUGAGUACGACCGCCGCUUUGUGGGCUUUGGCUGGAACAAGGUGGCUCACAUCAUGGAGCUGGAUGCACAGGAGUACGAGUUUGUGGUUCUGCCCAACGCCUACAUGAUCCACAUGCCUCACGCGCCCAGCUUCGACAUCACCAAGUUCCGCUCCAACAAGCAGUACCGGGUCUGCCUCAAGACCCUGAAGGAGGAGUUCCAGCAGAACAUGUCGCGACGCUAUGGCUUCGCCGCCCUAAAAUACAUGACGGCCGAGAACAACAGCUAGCCACCACUGCAGACCCUCACGCCCCCGGCCCUGGACUACUGACGCACUCGGCGGGCUGGGGAAGAGGGGGGGGGCACAGGAAACGGACAGCCACGUGUGACGCCGUGGGGGGUUACUUUGAGACUUGAGUCCCUCAGACUUUGUUUGAACGUUUGACCCCUCGGUGUGGGACCGCAAGGGUCUUUAUGUCCAUUCUUUGUCCUCUGCUGUGGACGUUCUGUACGCGCCUUCCAAGUGCCAACAAAGAGCAGCGGCGGUCUGACUGACAGCACACCCCGACUCAAAUGCAAAUCGCCGAACAGGCGGCGAGAUAAGACAAAGCGGUAAACAUGUCCACACAGAUUUUGGAAAUCUCGUCAUGACGAGUGACACACACGCUCAGAUAGGAGGCGAGCAGCCGGCCCGGCCGACCAUCUGCCGCCGCUUACUUUGUCUGAUAGCUGAUACAGAUCCGAAUAAAUCCUCCUCCUCACAUGACACGGGAAUUUAAGUGCAAGGAUGGCUGGAGGUCGUCAGUGCGGGUGAUAUCCAGGGUAUCUCCACAUCAGCCCGAGCGUGCUGCAAGAGUUUCCAGAGCCUGACAGCAGCUGGCGUCGGCGUGCUCAAACACCUGCACAAAGUCCUGACAGUUCACCAAGGAUUAGCAACCAAUCACUGAGCUCACUGUUUACUUUCCCUUCCAACAAACAGUAUUAUUUAUCCGUGUGUUUACAGUCCUGACGGGUGGAGCAGGGAGGAGAGGUGCACACCGUCAGGAGGGUCUGAAGAGGACAGGAAGGAGAGUUCAAACUCUGAAACUGUGAAAAUCAAACACUUCAGUCAGGAGAGUCACUCUGUCUGUCUGUCUCUCAAUCUGUCUGUCUCUCUUUCUAGUUUGACGACAUGGUGUCCACUGAUGCCCAUCGGCUGGGUGUGGUCAUCCUGAUGUGUCACAGCAGACGUGUUAUCAGUUCCGAGCUGCAGACAGGACACACAGACCGACAGUCUCAUCACAAUGUGCUGAUAUCAUACAAUGAGAAUAUCAGAAAGUCUCUUUGAAGAUAAAUUCAAACUAGAGUUGGAUCAAAGUCAUGAGCGGAAACAAGAGCGGUUAUAUUUUUAGAUCUAAUGUUGAUGUUUGAAACCCGACCCGUCCUGGUCUUCUCAGCUGACAUGCAGAACCGGGUCGUCUCUGCUCUGGUCCAUGCGUGUUAGCAGUUCCAACAGUAACACUUUAGUCAUUAUACUAACACAAACCCACUCAGCUGCAUUCAUGCACCACGAGCAAGUCUGAAUGUCAUCAUCUUUAUGAGCUCUCUCAGUCACCAUGUCGUGCACACAGAUCACGCUGUGGGUAAACUGAUCAGGGAUCAGCUCUCCUGAUGAUCUGCAUGAUCGUUUGUGUCAGGAGAAAAGUCUUCAGACGCCGGAGAGAUCACCUCCACCAACAAACAGCUUCAGGAUUUCAGUUUUUAUUUCUAUUGUGCCAAAUCACAUCAGAAGUUAUCUCAUGACACUUUCCAUACAGGGCAGGUCUAGACUGUAGUCUCUAUAAUAUUAUUUACAGACACCACGAGCAAGCACUUGGUAACGGUGCUGAGGAAAAACCUGGAACACAUCAGGUCACAGUGCAGUUCAUUCUUUGAAUUGUUUUGUCAGAUGAGCUUCAUGUUCAGGAGGCUUUGAGAGUGAGCAGGUCUUUCCUGUCAGGCACAGUACACACACGCUGUGGAGUUUGUGUGCUCUGAUGAGUUUUGCAGUAUCAUAUUAGAAGCUUCAGGCGGGAAAACAAAUUCAGUCUCACGACAAAGUCUGAGCUGGAAAAUGAGUUAAAGCUCCUUCCUCACAUUAAUGUACCACACAAACACAAACUGUUUGUUUCUCACCAUGUGAGCUUCUGUGAACGCUCUUUGAAUGAUGUCAUCUUCUUGUUUAUCAAUCAUCUCGUCAACCAGCUCCUGAUUCUUUGGAUGAAGUGUGGAGGAUCAUGACAUCAGCACAUUUCAGUCUGGUUGUUCAGGCAGUGACACACUGUCGUCAAACUACAAGUCUGUCUCUCUCUCUCUCACUCUCUCCCCCUCUCCCUGCUAUGACAGCAGUCUGUCUCUCUGUACAGGGCUCAGUGCAGUCGUGUGUGUGUGUGUGUGUGUUUGACUCUGUAC